GUCCACGGACCACGGAGCCAUUCCACUCGGAAGAACCAAAGCGUUUUAGGGCUUCCUUCCCCGCCGCCGGCGAGCCCUCGCGCGGAGCCGUCCUCCGCCUUCUUCGUCUCCACGACGACGCUACUGCCCUAACGUCUUCCCCUGUGGUUUCGGCUCGGUGGUCGGAGUCCUGCCGCCCCACCCCCUCCAUGGCGCUCCGGUUCGAGGUAUUAGGAAGAUUUAAUCGUGCUCGUGCAGCUCGGUUAACUCUGCCACACUUUACUUGCCAAACACCACUUUUUAUGCCUGUUGGAACCCAAGGUACAAUAAAAGGCUUGACUACAGACCAGUUAGAGGCCAUAGGUUGCCAGAUAAUACUUGGAAAUACCUAUCACCUUGAACUUCGUCCAGGCUCUCAACUUAUUGAUGACUUGGGUGGCCUUCACAAGUUUAUGAAUUGGAAAAGGGCAUUGUUGACUGACUCUGGUGGUUUCCAAAUGGUCUCUUUGCUGCAUUUAGCUGACAUUACUGAGGAAGGAGUUACAUUCCAGUCACCUGUUGAUGGGAAACCCAUGCUCCUGACACCUGAGGAGUCAAUACAUAUUCAGAAUAACAUUGGAGCUGAUAUAAUCAUGGCUCUUGACGAUGUUGUGAAGACCACAAUUACUGGCCCAAGGAUAGAGGAAGCUAUGUAUCGUACCCUUCGUUGGAUUGAUAGGUGCAUAUCUGCUCACAAGAAACCUGAUGUCCAAAAUUUAUUUGGGAUUGUUCAAGGAGGAUUAGAUCCAGUUCUUAGAGAUAUUUGCGUGAGGGGCUUGGUUGAGCGGAACCUUCCUGGAUAUGCUAUCGGUGGUCUUGCAGGUGGUGAAGAUAAAGAUUCGUUCUGGCGUGUUGUUGCCCAGUGCACUGCUGGAUUGCCUGAAGAUAAACCCCGAUAUGUUAUGGGUGUUGGCUAUCCACUUGAUAUUGUAGUAUGCAGUGCUUUGGGUGCAGAUAUGUAUGACUGUGUCUAUCCAACGCGCACUGCCCGCUUUGGGACCGCACUUGUGCCUGAGGGUGUUCUGAAGUUGAAACAAAACGCGAUGGCAACUGAUGAGCGGCCAAUUGAUCCUUCAUGUCCGUGCAUGGUCUGCAAAAAUUAUACACGUGCUUACUUGCAUUGCCUCGUCACAAAAGAUCCUAUGGGUUCUCAACUGCUGUCAUAUCAUAAUUUAUCUUUUAUGAUGCGGUUAAGUAGAGAUCUCCAUAUGUCAAUUCUUGAAGGAAGAUUCCCAGAAUUUGUGAGAGGAUUUUUGAGGGUGCAGUUCCCAAAGGGCGACGUGCCAAAGUGGGUUCAUAAUGCGAUGGAGGUUGCCGGCAUUGACAUAUCAGAGUGCUGCACUCCCACAAAUUGUCAGCACGAUGCCAUGGAGGAUACUGGCGUUGACAUAUCGGAGCUGUGCCCACCGACCAAAUGUCCCUGA